AACACUAUCUACAACUGGCACUCAAAAUAAUAUUUUAUUCUCCAACAACUUCGACAUUGCUAUCACUAGUAUUACUGUCAGUAUCAUUAAUAUCAUCGAUGAUAUGCCUCGAUGUCAUCACAAGGCGGAGUGCUUGAAUCUCUACUCGGUCUGAAGCGAGUAUCCGAACAUUCCAUGCAUCAGCACGACGCUGUGUGUCUAUCUGCUGAUUCGGCAGGAGGGAAGCAAAUCUGUCAUGUAAAUUAGAGAACAAGCUGGUACACGUCUCUGGGAUGAUAUGCGCGACAUUCAACGAUUUGCAAAUGUAUGGCCACGCACAAGCUGGGUCGCUAUCCUCGUGUGGUCUAUCUCUGAUGAUGUCGAUGAAUUUAUUGUGGAAUCGCCGGGCCAGUUCCCGAGCAUUGAGACCUUCAAAUUCGAUGGCUGUGCUAGGCACAGCGAAAAAUCCAGUAUGUACUGUAUCUGGGCAUCUACGGACGAAGCGGUGAAAAAGAGAACACGUCUGGUGGUGUGCCUUGACAGUAUAUAUAAAGUAUCAGACAUAGCCUAUGAUAUUAUUCUUUUGGAUGAAGAUGUCUUGAGCCGCUUUAGGGAACUACUCGAAAAUGCCGCAAAAGUGAUAGUGAUGCAACAUCGACUCACAGAAAGCACAAUCAAUUUCUAUUCUACUAUAAUGGGGUUAGAUCCUGACGAUCCGUCUCACAUCACCAAACGGAAAUUCAAGAAGCCAACCGUCUUACAGCCUAUCAAAGCCGAUUUUACGAUGAUGCUGUUAUACAUCAUGAGGGAGGUUGCCGCUCAGGAGUUCGGUCAGGAAGCCAUGAAGCGAGUCAAAGAAGUAUGGGCACAGGUGCAGAAGGACCCAUGAGCAACCCGGUUCCUCAGUGACCCAAACACAUAUGCUUCAGAAUGCGAUAUUCUUAUUGUCACAAGUGUAAUGCAGGCAGGCCAUAGCCUUGAUCGACAUUUCGUGACCAGCUAUGAUUUUCUUUUCAAUGGAGUGUUGACGUUCAGAGAAGAGUUGCAGUUUGUUUC